AGAUUUAGAAUUUUUUACAGAUUCAUUAUUGUGAGUUAUAACAUUUUUUUUAUUAAAACCAUUUUUAAUUUUAUUAGUUAAAUGAUAAAAUUUUCAAUGAAAUUAAUUACUGUACAGUUUCAAUUAUGGCUGAAGAAAUAGAAGAUUUUUUUGGUGUCUAUUUGUUAUUUUGUCUAAAUGAAAAAUAUAAGGGUAAAACUUAUAUUGGCUUCACAGUUGAUCCCAAUAGACGUAUAAAACAACACAAUAAAGGUGUUAAAAGUGGAGGUGCACGAAAAACCAGUUUACGAGGACCAUGGGAAAUGGUAUUAAUUGUGCAUGGUUUUCCAAAUGAUAUAUCAGCUCUCAGAUUUGAGUGGGCAUGGCAAAAUCCUAAAACAUCCAGAAGAUUAAAGCAUGUAGAACCAAAGAAAAAAACUGAAAAAGCUUAUGACUAUUGCAUAAGAUUACUUUCUGAAAUGCUGCAUAGUGGACCCUGGAAUAGACUUGCUUUGAAUAUACGAUGGCUCAAUACUAUUUAUAAAAAAGAUUUUAAUACUAGUAAACUUCCACCUUUACACAUGCCUAUAUGUUAUGGACCAGUAGUUUGCAAAAAGAUUGCUUCAUCAAAUGAUGUCUCUAUACUUGACAAUAGUGAUAUUUUGACUUGUGUUCAAUGUAUGCAAAAAUGUACAAUAGAAAAUAUAUUAUGUUGUAUAAAUCCAGAUUGUCAAAUGGUAUCUCACACUAUUUGUUUAGCUAAAUAUUUUCUUGGUAGCUCUGAUCAUAUUGUUCCUGUAGAUGGUAAUUGCCCGACGUGUGGAAUUCAUGUGCUCUGGGGUGAUUUAAUUCGUAAAAAAAAAGGCUGUUACAAAAAUUUAACAUAACUUUAUUCAACAGAUAUAAUAAUAUGAUUGUAAUUAAUUGUUUUAAUUUUUAUUAACUAUGAAUAACUUGUUCAAACUUUACAAUAAUUUGGUAGUAAAAUAUUUUAUAACCAAAUUAUUUUUAAACCAAAUCUUAUUAUUAUUUAAAAUAUAUUUGACAAAAUUCAUUUUUUAUUCUACCUAUUUAGAAUUUUAUUGGACGUAUUAAUAAUUAGACAGUCGGUUUUUUUUUUUGAUAUUA